AUGUCUACUGCAGCUUCAAUUAAAUCUAGUGUAACCAACAACACUAGUUUGUCUGUUCAGCCAUCUAAUUCCACUGCACUCGCUCGUGAAAAAGAGCUUCUCGAUUCUUAUCCUCAAAUCAAUGCUCCAUCAACUGUUUCCGGUUUCACUUCAAAUCUAACUGAUGAACAACGUAAAAUUCUUGAAGAAUUUAGAGCUCAAUUGAAGAAAUCCGGUUUCACUUUACGUUUGGAUGAUGCCAGUCUUUUACGUUUCUUGAGAGCAAGAAAGUUUGAUCUCGCCAAAGCUAAAGAAAUGUUUAUUGCUUGUGAAAAAUGGCGUAAAGAAUUUGGUGUUGACACCAUAAUCAAGGAUUUCAAAUAUGAAGAAAAACCAAUUGUUGCCAAAAUGUACCCAACUUAUUAUUAUAAAACUGAUAAAGAUGGUCGUCCUUGUUAUUAUGAAGAAUUGGGUAAAGUUGAUUUAAACAAAAUGAUGAAAAUCACUACACAAGAAAGAAUGAUCCGUAACCUUGUUUGGGAAUACGAAGCCAUGGUUGAUUAUCGUUUACCUGCUUGUUCAAGAAGAGCCGGUCAUUUGGUUGAAACUUCAUGUACUAUAUUGGAUUUGAAAGGUAUCAGUAUAUCCUCUGCAUACAAUGUCAUUGGUUAUGUUAAAGAAGCAAGUAAAAUCGGUCAAGAUUAUUAUCCAGAACGUAUGGGUAAAUUCUAUUUACUUAAUGCUCCAUUUGGUUUUGCAACUGCAUUCAAAUUGUUCAAAGGAUUUUUGGGAUCCUGUAACCGUUUCAAAGAUUCACAUUCUUGGUUACAGUUAUUCUAA